GCUCUGACCUUCAAUUUACUCGACAUGGUAAAGCGAUGCAGCAAAUUGUUCACGUGACUUGAAUAUUCCCCUAAAUAGUUGCUUUUCAAUUGCUCGACUGACCGUUCUCUUUCACAUCACAUCGUUAAAUAUGGAAAAUCUUAGUUUCCGUGGUACUCUUGAAGGUCACAGUGGCUGGGUCACUGCUAUUGCCACCACCUUUGAAGCUCCUGAUAUGAUCCUUUCUGCUUCUCGCGACAAGUCUAUCAUUGUCUGGAAUCUUACAAGGGAUGAAACCAACUAUGGCAUUCCCCGCAAGUCUCUUCUCGGUCACAACCACUUUGUCCAGGAUCUUGCCAUCUCUUCCGAUGGUCAAUUCGCUUUGUCUGCCUCUUGGGAUAAGACUAUCCGUCUUUGGGAUUUGAACACUGGUACUACUACCCGUCGCUUCAUCGGUCACACCAACGACGUCCUGUCUGUCUCUUUCUCUGCUGACAACCGACAGAUCGUCUCUGGUUCUCGUGAUAAGACCAUCAAGUUGUGGAACACUCUUGGAGAGUGCAAGUACAACAUCACUGAGGGUGGUCACACCGAAUGGGUCUCUUGCGUCCGCUUCUCACCCAACCCUGCUAACCCUGUCAUUGUUUCUGGCGGCUGGGACAAGAUUGUCAAGGUUUGGGAGCUUACCAAGUGCAAGUUGAGAACCAACCAUAUUGGCCAUACCGGAUAUAUUACCUCAGUCACCAUCUCUCCCGAUGGUUCUCUCUGCUCUUCCGGUGGCAAGGAUGGUAUUGUCAUGCUUUGGGACUUGAACGAAUCCAAGCACCUCUACUCUCUUGAAGCUGGUGAUCUUAUCAACGCUCUUACCUUCUCCCCUAACCGCUACUGGUUGUGCGCUGCCACCAGCACUUGCAUCAAGAUCUGGGACCUUGAGUCCAAGACUCUUAUCGAAGAGAUCCGUCCUGAGUUCUUCGAAUCUGGCAAGAAGUCCCAAGACCCUCAAUGCGUUUCCCUCGCAUGGUCUGCCGACGGUACCACCCUUUUCGGUGGAUACACCGAUGGCCUCAUCCGUGUCUGGCAAGUCACCCGCACUCUCUAAGUGCAUUAUCGUAAUAUUGAAAAGCUUUAUUUUGCAAAUAAAUACAAUCAUUGUGUGUAAUAUACAUGAGGUUUUUGGACUAAUGGGAGGGUGGGUGAU